AACCUCAAAUCCAAACACCCCCUACGCUUAGACUACAUAGAAACUGGGGUUUCUCUCCAAAUCCCCAAAUUCCAAAUUUCAAAUUUUCAUUUCAGAGCGGGAAGCGAAGAACACAGAAACCACUGAUCUCUAAUGGCGGAUGACACUAAGAAGCCGGCGAUGAGUCUCAACCAGCUGCAUAAUCGAUUUCUAUCCGCCUCUCAAGCUCGAACCACACAUAAACCAGUCGAUCAUAGUACUGCCGUAUCAAAGGUGAAGCCCGCGGAUGCACAUGAUGAUGUCCCGCGGUUCAAUUUUGAUUUCGAUUCUCCUUCUCCUCCCACCCAAGGAGACGUGAAUGACGAAGAGCCUGUGUCCAGGCAUAACGAUUCAUCUCCCCAGCUAUUUUCAGGCUUUGCUGAUUUCGAUUCGCCAUCUCCCACUCUCGCCUCCCAACCACCUGAAAGUCGCAAGACAACCGAAAAAGAGGACAGUUCUUUUAAGAAGAAUUCAUCUACUUCUGAAUCAGUUGGUGUUGAUCUCAACGAUAUUGAGCUGGAGAGUAGUAAAAUAUCUGCAGAAGUUAAUGUUGAAAAGGGAAAGUCUUCGGUAUCUAGUGUUGCUGAUAAUUCCGAUGUCCCACGAGAAGAGAAGCAAAAGAAGGUUAGAAUUGAAGGCAGGCGUCGCCUCUGCAAAAUUUCAGAGAAUAAUGAAGACAACGCUGGUGCAGGGGAAAACGUUAUUAGUGCUGAAGAGGCAAGUGUUGAUGAUAUUUGGGAUUUUGACUCACCAUUGCAGGUGAAGAAAACAUGUGAGAGUAGUGGUAAUGAAAUCAGGGAUAUACUGAAUGAUUUGAGCUCCAAACUUGAGAUCCUUUCCAUUGAGAAGAAAAGAAUUCCCAAGAAAGUAGAUAUCAUGGAUGACUUUCAGGACUCACUGGAAAGUAAAUUACAUGAUGUAACCAUUGAAGAGGAGUUCCAUGAUUAUAAGGCUGAUGAUUCUUCACAUCUACCUUACUCUUAUUCCCUAGAUGAAACACCUGAGCCAAAAGGUGCUGGUAAUUUUACCAAUAAAUAUCAGAAGAAAAAAACUUGCGGCGCUGAUGCAGUGGUUGACAGCUAUGGAGAUAAGCCUAGCAGAAACACAGAUAAGUAUGAAAUGCUAAUAAAUAAUGAACCGGCGAGGGUGCAGGCAAAGUCAGGGUCUACUAAAGAAUUCCCAGAUUAUAGUUACAGAAAAGAAGAUGAGGAUAAUGCGGCUUUGAGUAAACGCCCCCCUACUAAGAAACUGGAUGGUCAAACAAAGUUUAUUGAGGUAUCUGAUGAAGAAUCUGAUGAGGUCACUAUCUCUGAUAACCAUGUAGAUGAAUUCACUCUGAGUGGUCUGAGGGGCACAUACAAGCUACCGGGUAAAAUAGCAAAAAUGUUGUAUCCUCACCAGAGAGAAGGACUAAAGUGGCUUUGGUCUCUUCAUUGCAAGGGUAAGGGUGGUAUAUUGGGUGAUGAUAUGGGCCUCGGCAAGACAAUGCAGAUUUGUAGCUAUUUGUGUGGGCUAUUCCACUCAAAUUUGAUUCGAAGAGUCUUGGUUGUUGCACCAAAGACCUUGUUAACCCAUUGGAUAAAUGAACUAUCAACAGUUGGACUUUCAGAGAAGACGAGAGAGUAUUUUGCAACUUGCCAGAAACUUAGGCACUAUGAGCUCCAAUAUGUACUUCAGGACAAAGGUAUUCUUCUCACAACAUAUGAUAUAGUGCGGAACAACACAAAAUCCUUAUGUGGAGAUUAUCGUUACAAUGAUGAUGGUGAAGAAGAUGAAAUGACAUGGGAUUAUAUGAUACUUGAUGAGGGCCACUUGAUAAAAAAUCCAAGUACACAAAGGGCGAAAAGCUUGCUUCAGAUACCUUGUCGUCAUCGUAUCAUCAUCAGUGGGACACCACUCCAGAACAAUCUUAAGGAACUAUGGGCUUUAUUUAAUUUCUCCUGUCCUGAGCUGCUAGGUGACAAGAAAGAGUUUAAGGAAAACUAUGAGUACUUCAUCAAUCGAGGAAAUGAAAAAAAUGCUUCUGAUAGGGAAAAGCAUAUUGGUUCAUCAGUUGCAAAGAAACUGAGAGAUUGCAUUCAACCAUAUUUCUUGAGAAGAAUGAAAAGUGAGGUUUUUCGUGAUGAUUCCACACUUUCCAACAAGAAUGAACUUAUUGUAUGGUUACGGUUAACUCAAUGUCAGCGGCGACUUUAUGAAGCUUUCUUAAAUAGUGAGAUUGUUGUCUCAGCUUGUGAUGGCUCGCCUCUUGCUGCUCUUACGAUCCUGAAAAAAAUAUGUGAUCAUCCACUUAUAUUGACAAAAAGAGCUGCUGAAGAUCUUCUGGAAGGGAUGGAUUCCAUGGCGCAGCAGGAAGAUCAUCGAGUUGCUGAAAAACUGGCAAUGCACAUAGCAAGUGUUGCGGAGAAAUUUGACAUUGUUGAGAAUCACAAUAUCUCUUGCAAAAUAUCGUUCAUAUUAUCUUUAUUGGGAGAUUUGAUUCCAAAGGGACAUAAUGUGCUUAUUUUUUCUCAAACCAAGAAGAUGCUUAAUCUAAUUCAGGAGUCGCUAAUGUCUAAUCAUUAUAAGUACAUGAGAAUAGAUGGUACUACCAAAGUCCAGGAUAGAGCUAAAGUUGUAAAGGAUUUUCAAGAGGGUCGUGGUGCUCCAAUUUUUCUCUUGACUUCCCAAGUUGGUGGAUUAGGCCUUACACUCACUAAUGCCGAUCGUGUAAUUGUGGUUGAUCCAGCAUGGAACCCGAGCACUGACAAUCAGAGUGUAGACCGUGCGUACCGAAUUGGGCAGAAGAAGGAUGUCAUUGUGUAUAGAUUGAUGACAUGUGGAACUGUGGAAGAGAAAAUUUAUAGAAAGCAGGUAUUCAAAGGAGGAUUAUUUAGAAGUGCAACUGAACAUAAAGAACAGAUCCGCUAUUUCAGCCAACAGGACUUGAAGGAUCUUUUCACUGUGCCCAAACUAGGAUUUGACAUUUCUCCCACACAACAACAAUUACUUGAAGAACAUGAUCGGGAACAUACUAUGGAAGAAUCUAUUAGAGCCCAUGUGGAGUUCCUUGAAACUCUCAACAUAGCCGGAGUUAGCCAGCACAGUUUGCUCUUUUCCAAGGCAGCCCCUUCACAAGAGGUUGAGAUACUCGAGGAACCGGAAAGGUCAAGAAGAACUACAUACAUGGGGAAUGCAUCUACACGAUCAUCACUUGAACAAAAUGUUGAUGGAGCACAGUAUGCAUUUAACCCCAAGGAUGUAAGGAAAGUGCAGAGAAACUCAAGUCCUGAUGUUAGUGAACCAUCUGAAGCUGAAAUCAAAGAGAGAAUAAACCGCUUGUCUCAGAUCUUCUCAAAUAUGGGUGCAGUCUCGAGACUACCUGAUAAAGGAGAGAAAAUACACAAGCAAAUAGCUGCAUUGAAAGUUCAGCUUAACAAGGUGCGGAUGGCUAAAGGGAGCAAAGAUAACGUAAUCGAGUUGACAUAGUAUUCUAUUUUGUAAAUCUGAAUUUGAAUUUUCAUAUGCCAUGUAUUAUCAUUUAAGUAUGAAUUUCCAUGGCACCAUGAGCAUUGUAGCUCAGUAAUAUCAAUUUCCUAUGUAUAGGCCAGAGACUAACUCAACAAAAAAUGCCUUCAUUAUAAGGGGCCAAUUUUGGGGAAUUUUUGAAGCUGUUGCUAUUUUCUAGCAACUAUUUCUGAAUUUCACUCGAGUUUUUGUGUUAAAUUGUGUGGAUGAUGAUUUUAUUUUAGUGCA